GCCGAAAGGCCAGUUGACACAUUGCGCUCGCUACAUUCCAUUGCGCUGGCUGUCUUUCAUGCUGGUGGUGCUGCUAGAAGAACCUCCAAGUGACCACCACCGUAACGUCCUUGCGCUAGCUCGCGACGACGACGACGAAGUGAGUAUCUUAGCCGAGCCAACUCGAUCAAAGCGCCAUCGGGUCGCUGCCAAGAAGUCAUCAGGUUGGUCGCAGCUUUGCCAGCGCCUAUCGACAUCCGCCGAAGUGCGCUACUACGCGUUAUUGGCCCAACUUCUCCACAAGGAACACGCGCGUUUGGAUCCGCGGCAGUCGCGCGUGCUCACCCAGAACGUGCCAUCCCUUCCCCCACCGCCAUCGCGACCCCCGUCGUCGUCGUCCCAUCAUCAUCAACCUAUGGAAGAAGCUUCGUCCGUCGUCGUGUCGUCGUCUUCCUCGUCCGCUCCGUCGGCACCUCCUUCCCGGCCAUCCGUCGACCUGCCGCCGCUGCCCCCGCUCGACUUUUCUCCUUCCAAGCACCGCAAACGACCGCGAAGCAUGAGCUUGUCGUCAUAUGAGACGUGGACAUUGGAUUUCCCGUCCAUUCGACCGGGGAUGUCCGUGCGGGUCGUGCGCGCCGAGCGCACUGCGUCGAAUGCCGUCGCGCACUACGUCAUGCAUGUCGUGGACUUGCACACCAAGGUGAUGUGGGAGUGCCGGAAGCGUUUUCGAGAACUUUAUGCGUUUCGCCGCGAGAUCAAAACCAUGUGCCGCAACUCUCCGUACGGCGAAGAGCUUACGUACUUGUUUGAGCACUUGGCGUUCCCGAAGCGAUCGGUGGUGGGCCAGACCAGUGGCGCCCGGAUCCUGCGGCGGCGCCUCGUGCUGGAAACAUUUCUCCGCAACGUCGCGAGCCUGUCACCCGACACGCCGCUGCAUGUGGCCGUGGUGGGACGGCUCCAGAGGGAGCUGUGUUCGGCAGCGUUUAUCACCCAUUUGGCCAACGAAUCAGUGGACGUCGACACGACCAGGUGCUCGCCGCACGACCUGGUCGAGCUCAAAUGGCUCGCAUUUGACCUCUUUCGCAACUUAAACUCGUGCUGUACCAUCGAAGGCGACACAUGCCAGCGCUUCCUCCAUGUAUUUCGGAACCGAUGCGCAGUCGUCCAGGAUGCGCCGCCCUCUGGCCAACAAGAGUUGGCGCGCCAAGCCCUCCAGGACCUGCGCAACGUCACAACCCAGAUCCAGCAUUAUGUCCUCGACACCCUUGGGCCGCAGUACCGCCGCGCAAUUUCCACCGCCAUGUGCGAUAGCCACACGAUGGAACAAGUGGACGAAGCCAUCGACGAGUGUGUGCUUGUGACGGUAGAGGACGCGGUGAUGGUGCCCCUGCAGGAGCAGAUUACGUUUUUGGUUGAGCUGACCAUCGAUGUCGACGUGGAGGCGGCGCUGACUCGAAGCAUGGAGCACGACUUGUAUGGGAAACCCCAGAGCUUUUUCGGCAUCCCCGACGCUUUGCAGAGCGACGUUAACUUUGGCAAGGCGUGCUACCACCUAAGCAUGAUGGAAGACCGAGUCCUGCCCCACGAAAAGCUCCAUGAGCUCGUGUUGUCGGCAAACGAGAUAUUUGCCGCCUGCGGAGACGCUAGGGGCGGCACCGCGUCCAUGGGCAACCCGACCUCGACCAUGAUGAACGCCGACGACUUUUUGCCGAUACACAUUUAUGCUGUUGUACACAGCAACCUGAAGCGGCCGUAUUUUGCCAAAGAGUUUCUCAGUGCGAUGAUCCACCCAAACAAAAUGCUUGGCGAAACCGGGUACUUUCUCACGAUGUUUGAAGCUGCACUCAAGUACGUGAGUGAAAGCAUGUAAUAAGUAGGCGCAACCAAAUGAAAAAUGGGGGUACUGGUAUAUACUAUACUUGUCGUAUAUG